AUGGCGUUGACGGCGACGAAUGGUAUGUGGAUGACUGAGGAAUGCAAGAGAUCUUUCAUGGAGAUGAAGUGGAAGAAAGUGCAUAGAUACAUCGUUUUCAAGAUCGAGGAGAAGUCUCAGAAAGUAGCCGUCGACAAAGUUGGUGCCGCCGGCGAGAGCUAUGACGAUCUCACUGCUUCUUUGCCGGAGGAUGACUGUCGUUACGCCGUGUUUGAUUUCGAUUAUGUCACCGUCGAUAACUGUCGCAUGAGCAAGAUCUUCUUCAUCACAUGGUCGCCGGAGGGGUCGAGGAUAAGGGAGAAAAUGAUGUACGCGACGUCGAAAAGCGGACUGAGAAAAGUGUUGGAUGGUGUUCACUAUGAGCUUCAAGCCACUGACCCAACCGAGAUGGGAUUCGACAAAAUCCAGGACCGGGCCAAAUAA